AUGUACAAAUUUGAAACAAAUUCAAUGAAAUAUGUUUUGUUAGAAAUGGAAAAUGGCGAACAAUUAUCAAAUCUCAUUAAUCAUAGCAAAUCUCAUGGUGGUGGUGGUGGUGGUGGGAAAAGGGGAAAAUUUUCAAUUUUGAAUUCGCUCGGAGGACAUUUUGGAUAUUUCAACGAUUCCAUCGUAUACGAUCAUGAGAAAAUUAUUCCCACCACCACAGUGAUGGAAAAUUAUGAUUAUUAUUACUCGAAUGUUAAUAAUAAUGAUGAUAAUUCAAAAACAAAUUCAAUUCGAAAACUGUUGAAAGAAUACAAAACGUUAGAUUUGGACAAUCAAAUACGUUUACUACACGACUCGUACAAAUUGAAUGAUUUGGGAUACAGAUUGAGAUACAUGAUGUGGAAACAAAUACAAAAUUUAGUCAACGUUCUCCUACCAACUCAUUCCGUGUAUCCGUUCGGUAGUGCCGUGAACGGUUUGGGUGACGUCACGAGCGAUUUAGAUUUGGUCGUCCUUCGUGACGAUUCCACGAGUUUCAGAUGGCAUAAAAAUCCCGGCGUCGAUAUCAAUUCCGUACAAAACGAUUUGAGUUUAUUGACGAACGUCAUGACGAAAACAUCCGUCGGUUGUGCAAAAGUCGUUUUCAUAAAACAAGCCAAAGUUCCCAUUAUUAAAUACAAACAUAGUUUUACGGGAGUCGAAUGCGACGUGUCGAUGCAUCAAACGGAAGCGCUCAAAAUGUCGCAAAUUUUAUUCGCUCUCUCAAAUUUCGAUCCCAGAAUAAAACCGUUAAUAUUUUUCAUUAAAAUAUGGGCUCGAGAAUUACGUUUGACGAGAGAACAACCCGGACCGACGAUAACGAAUUUUUCCCUAAUAUUAUUAACGAUAUUUUUCCUACAGCAAAAAGGUUCCUCUCACACGGAAAUAUUACCACCCUUCGAUUUAUUUCCGCUACGCGAUACCGAUGCGAACGAUGACGUCAUGACGAUGGAAAACACUGAUGAAAAAUUAGAAUGCAUUUUAAAUAAUUUCAAAUGUCACGUGACGUCGUCGUCGUCGUCGUCGACGUCAUCGCCGACGUCAUCGCCGUCGGCUCCGAACGGAAAAUCAACCGUCGAAUUAUUAUUAUUAUUUUAUAAAUUUUAUUCAGUUUUUAAUUUCAAUUCGUACGGUUGUUGUUUGAACACGGGACAAAUAAUACGGAAAAAUAAUUUUAAAAAUUACGGAAUGUAUAUAAAAAAUCCAUUUUGUUCGAUUUACAACGUGAGUAAAAACGUUAGCCUGAGCGAAGUUAAUAAAUUUCAAUUUUAUUGUCAAAUUGCUGCCACGUUAUUGGAAGAAUCCGAAACAACGAUAUCUCGAAAUUCUACGACUCGAACCGCCGUCGUCGAUGAAUCGAAAUUUCUUUUAAAUUUUCUCAAUUAUAAUUCGUAUGCUAACGAGUUGAUGGCGAAAAAACUAAGUAAUAAUAAUAAUAUUAAUUCAAAUGUUAAAUUUGCCGAUUUGAAAAGUAUUUUUUAA